AUGACGGGAAUCAACUCUACACGCGUCGCCAUCGUCACCGGCGCCGGCCAAGGUAUCGGCCGUGCCAUCGCCCACCGUCUUGCCCGGGAUGGUUUCCGCCUUGCCCUCGCCGAUGUGAGCGGUAACGCCAAGGCCCUGGAUGGGGUGGUCACCGAAGUGGGCAAGUUUGGCACCAAGGCCAUUUCCCUGCCGUGCGAUGUGCGAAAGAAGGAGGAUGUGGACGGCCUGGUGGCCGAGACGGCCAAGGAGCUGGGCCAAGUGAACGUCAUGGUGGCCAACGCCGGUAUUGCGCCGACCGACAGCUUCAUGGACAUUGAGCCCAAGUUCUUUGACAAUCUCUACGAGGUCAACGUCCGUGGCGUGCUCUUCUCCUACCAGGCAGCGGCGCGGCAGAUGAUCGCCCAGGGUGGUGGGGGCAAGCUCAUCGCGGCGUGCUCUGUCUCGGGUAUUGGCGUCGGUAUCCACCAAACCGCCUACUGCUCGAGCAAGUUUGCCGUCCGCGCAAUCAACCAAGGCGCGGCGCUUGAGCUCGGCAAGUAUGGAAUCACCGCCAACGUCUACUGCCCCGGCCCUGUCCUCACCGACAUGUGGAAGAAGAUCGACGACGACUUCGUUACGCUCGACGGUAAGAACUCCGGCGGAAGGACGAAAGAGCUGGCCGACCUGUCUCCGCUGGGACGUUGUGCAGAGCCCGAGGACAUUGCCAAGCUCGUGGGCUUCCUUGCAGGACCAGACUCGGACUUUGUCAAUGGCCAAGCAAUGCAAUGCAACGGCGGAGCUUGGUUGUCGUAA